UGUCCGGUGGACGUCAAUUUCAUUUCAAGCAUGCAAAUUUACGACUCAAAACAAAGGAUAUCACGAUUAAGAAUUGCCUACUUAGCUGAGAAGUCAAAAACGGUGAAAUUUCACCUGCGGGCUGUUCUGCCAAUGGAAACUGUUCUUGUAGAAUGGAACCAGAAGAGUUAAGUAGGUUUCAGAAUACAGAUGAGGGAAAAGAACAGUUGUUCUCAAACCGAACAUUCGACUGACAGUCUGUCUUCAGCUCAUGUGGCAUUCUUCCUCCUUCCAUUGUACACUACAUGAAAAAGAUUGGUCGCCUACGAAUAAAAAGAAUUAUUUUCAUUAUUUUUUUCCUUUUCUCUUCUGCUGUGAUACUUUCAAAGGUAAUUACUAAAGACCCCACAAAAGAUGAUCCUGAGAUUUUCUCUUUACCACCCGCGGAAGAACCAGUUUUCCAACUCCCCAACACACCUGUGAUCGUUCCACCGUACUCUCAAUGGAUUGCAAAGCCUUGCAAAGAACCUCAACCGACUGUAUUGGCGAUUGUGCAUUCGUCUCCAUCUCAUCUGCUGCACAGAAGAGCUAUCCGUCAAACAUGGGGUUCUUUUCCACCCGGUCAGAAUAUGACAAUCAAAACAGUGUUCGUGGUUGGGAGAUCCAAACUUCCCAAGAUCCAACAGCGCUUGGAGAGAGAAGCAGGACAACAUGGCGACAUCGUGGCUUUAGAAAUGAUAGACUCUUACACCAACUUAACCGCCAAACACCUUGCUGGUUUGCGUUGGGGUCUGAAGAAUUGUCCAAGAGUCGCUUAUAUCAUGAAAGCAGAUGAUGACGCAUUGAUAGAUGUUCGACGUGCUAUAAAAGUCCUACAAUCCGGUUCUUUGGGUAGAAAUAUGCUAGCAUGUCGCAUUGUUCCAGAAGGUACUAGUCCCAGACGUUCCGGAAAAUGGAUGGUUACUCGACAAGAUUAUCCAUAUCAGGAAUAUCCCGAAUAUUGCAGUGGCCUGGCUUAUUUUGGGACAAUGUCGGCAAUGGCUGGAAUGUAUCAGGCUGCGACAUCAGGCAAAAUGCCUUAUCUAUGGAUCGAUGAUGUGUUCCUGACGGGAUUUGCUGCCACACAGGCUGGAGUCAAGAGGCUCGAUAUGAGUGUGUGGUUCGCUCGAACUGAUCAAGAUAUUAUAAAGUGGAUGAAAAAUGGCAAUGGAGAACGACAUUUUCCUUGGAUUGUAGCUGAAAUGAGUCCCCGCUAUUGGCCAACGGAUGCUCUUUCUCUCUGGAAUCGAAUUAAACAAGCAAAUAAUGGAAUACCAGAGCUUACUACGGAAUUUAAUUCUUUAGAACAGAAAUGAAAGACGAUUAAUUGUUCAGAAUGAAGUAAAGGUCAUUAAUUUUAUCACAAGAGUCAUAUAAAUGGCGCUAUAAACUACCAUUUUUCUUUUAUACAAGCUAAAAGUACAACCUUAUUGAAACAAUAGAAGAAUGGAAAACAUAAUCUAGCGAUUUUAUAGAACUUGUCAUAGAACUCCAUUAAUUCUUUAGAAUGAGGUAAAAGUCAUGAAUUUAAUCACCUGAGUGCUUUAAAUUCUCAUUCGUUUCCAUGGGCAAUUCUUUUAAACAGACCAAAAAUAUCUGUUCUGGAAAUCAUGUACAUAUUUUCCAAAUUUUUGAAUUUAUCACUUAAUGAUGUCUUUUUUAGACAUUUCUGUAUCA